AUGUUCUUUGGUGCUCAUAAAUCCAUUUACGAAUUAAUCAAGGAGAAGGGAGAUGAAAAAACUGGAACUGUUAGAAUUUCCAUGUAUGAUCGUAACAUUGUUUCCAUCAGCGAUAAGGACAUGCUCAAAGAAUUACUCGUUGUAAAAGGAAACAAUUUUGUCAAACAAAAGAAGCUCUAUGAGAGUUUCAAUACCUUUGGAGUCAAUAUUCUCAGUGCAUUGGAUGCCAGUGGAGACACUUGGAAGAAUCAUCACAAAGUUGCUUCAGGAGCAUUUGCUUCAAAGAACUUGGAAUUUAUGGCCAAAGUUGCCUCAAAGAGUGUUGAUUUAUGUCGUUCAUCAAAAUGGGACAAGUUAAUUCGUGAAUCUCCAACGAAGAGUUUUGUUUUGGAUGCCAAUGGAGACUUCUCUGAUAUUACAUUGGAUGUUCUUGGAAAGGCUGGAUUUGGACUUGAUUUUUCAAUUUUUGAUGAAUUGAAUCCAGAAGGAAAGAUAUUCAGAAGAUCUUUGGAGACCAUGUUCACAAAAGGUAUUAUUGCAAAACGUUUCGUUGGAUUGAAUCCUGUCUUGUCAUGGGCCUAUCCACUUGUUACAAAGGUAUUAGGAGUUGAUCAAGCUGUCAACAUUGUCAGCAACAAGUUAGAUGAAAUCAUUAAGGCCAGAACUGAAGAAAUUGAAAAGAGAUCCAACAUGGACACUUCUCCUGAGGGCGAAGAAGACAGAAAGGAUUUAUUGAGCGUGUUGGUGGAAGCAAACUUUAUUCAAAAGGGAAUUUUAACAGAUGCUGAAUUGAAAGCAGAUGCUUACAUCUUUUCUUUGGCUGGACAUGAGACAACCUCUACCACACUUCAAUGGGUGUGCUACGAGUUAUCCAAGAGACCAGAAAUACAAAAGAAGGCAAGAGAAGAGGUUGAUGCUGUUUUGGGUAAAGGUGUUAAUGCAAGAGCUCCAGACUAUAAUGAUUAUCCUGUCAUGAAUUAUGUCAAUGCAGUUAUUAUGGAAGCAUUGAGACUUCAUCCUCCAGUGACUAGUGUGUUCCGUGUUGCUAAAAAGACAACCACUAUUGGCAAUGUGACCAUUCUAAAGGACACCAAUGUAUUGAUCAACAUUUUCAGUGCCAAUCGAAGUGAAAAGAAUUGGGUCAACCCACUUGAAUUCAUUCCAGAACGAUAUCCAAUGAAUGCUGAUGAACAAUUGAAGAUUCAACAUGAUUUCACAUGGAUUCCAUUCUCCAUGGGUAAUAGAAAAUGCAUUGGAUUCAAGUUUGCUCAAAUUGAAGCCUUUGUAAUUUUGUGUAGAAUUUUACAAUUCUAUGAAUUGGAAUUGGGUAAUGAUGAAUCAAAACCAAACGAUCAAAUCUAUGAUGUACCAGGUGUCACUGUUCGACCAGGAAAUUUGAAAGUGAUUAUGAAACCAAGACAAGACUUGUAA